UAAUGACUAUUUUGUAGUUUUUCUUGAUAGUUUAGGGUCUAUUUUGUUGUUUUUUUUACUGUAGUUUAGGGAUUAGAUUGAAGUAUUUUAAUAGUUCAGGAAUCACUAAUAGUCACUUGAUUUGGAUGUAAGUAUUGUUUAGUGACCUUUUAAUUGAUUUUAACAGAUUAUGGAUUAGAUGGGAGAGACUGAUAGUUUAAACUUUAAAGACUAAAUUGAUUGUUUAUUCAUUAAUUAAUACUAACAUAUGAGUCCAACAAUAUAUUGAAGCAUCAUGUAAUGUGUUUUAAAAUUAAACGAUGUGACAACACAAUAUUGGAUGCAUGUGUAAAAUAAUUUUACACCGUGCACAACAAUUAAACUCUAAAUUAAAACCUUUGAAUUGUAUAUCUAAUAAAUAAAUUUGAAAAUGGAAAAUGAUAAAAAAUAAAAUAAAAAUAGUACUAACAUAUGGGUCUAUCGUUGACUUUGCAACCACUCAACUGCUUUUAUUCUUAAUAAUCUUCUUGUUUCAUACAAUUGCUGCAUAUUUCUCAACCCAACAUACUUUCAUUUUGUGAGUUAUUGUUUAUUAUUAUUAUAACUUUGAAGAUGGCUGAAGCUGUUCUUGAAGUUGUGCUUAACAAUUUGAGCUCACUCAUUCAUAAGGAGAUUUCCAUAUUUCUGGAUUUCCAACAAGACUUUAAUAGUCUUUCCAGCUUGCUCACUACAAUCAAGGCUACUCUUGAUGAUGCUGAGGAGCAACAAUUCUCAAACAGGGCUCUCGAGGAUUGGCUGCUUAAGCUUAAAGAUGCUGCUCACGUCCUCGACGACAUCUUGGACGAGUGUGCUACCAAAGCACUGGAGCUGGAGUACAAAAGAUACAAGGCUGGACUAACUGAUAAGGUACAAAGCUCUUUUUUAUCCUCUCUUCAUCCAAAGCAUGUUGCUUUUCGUUACAAAGUUGCUAAGAAAAUGAAGAGUAUACGAAAGAGGUUAGAUGAAAUAGCCGAAGAAAGGACAAAGUUUCAUUUGACCGAGACAGUGAGAGAGAAUAGAAGUGGAGUCUUUGAUUGGCGUCAAACCACCUCAAUCAUUACCCAACCUCAAGUCUAUGGAAGAGAAGAAGAUAAAAAUAAAAUCAUUGAUUUCAUGGUUCACGAUGCUUCUUGUUUUGAGGGUUUAUCUGUCUAUCCGAUUGUGGGUCUAGGUGGACUUGGAAAAACAACACUUGCCCAACUUAUCUUCAAUAAUGAAAGAGUGGUCAAACACUUUGAGCUUAGAAUGUGGGUGUGUGUUUCAGAAGAUUUUAGUUUGAAAAGAAUGACAAGAGCUAUCUUAGAAUCUGCAUCUGGGCACGCAUGUGAGGAUUUAGAUCUAGAGCUGUUGCAGAGAAAACUUCAAGAUUUUAUACAAAGAAAAAGAUUUUUAUUAGUAUUGGAUGAUGUGUGGGACGAUAAACAAGAGAAUUGGCAGAGGUUGAGAUCUGUAUUGGCUUGCGGAGGAACGGGUGCUUCAAUUUUGGUCACAACCCGUCUUGCAAAGGUUGCAGAAAUCAUGGGAACAAUACCACUGCAUGAUAUAUCAAAGCUAUCUGACAAAGAUUGUUGGGAAUUGUUUAAACAACGAGCUUUUGCACCAAAUGAGGAAGAAGCCGCGGAGCUUGUGGUCAUUGGACUAGAGAUAAUAAAAAAGUGUGGGGGAGUGCCUCUUGCGGCAAUCGCACUAGGAAGUCUCUUGCGUUUUAAAAGAAAGGAAACAGAGUGGCUCUAUGUCAAGGAAAGCAAGUUGUGGAGCUUACAAGAUGAAGAUUAUGUCAUGCCUGCCUUGAGAUUAAGUUAUUUGAAUUUGCCAGUAAAAUUGAGACAAUGUUUUGCUUUCUGUGCGCUAUUUCCCAAAGAUGAAAGAAUCAGUAAGCAGUUUUUGAUCGAGCUUUGGAUGGCUAAUGGCUUUAUUUCACCGAAUGAAAUGUUGGACGAGGAAGAUAUUUGCAAUGAGGUAUGGAAUGAAUUAUACCGGAGAUCAUUUUUCCAAGAUAUUGAGAAAGAUAGAUUUGGAAACAUUACAAAGUUCAAGAUGCACGAUCUUGUUCACGAUCUUGCUCAAUCUGUUUCAGAAGAGGUCUGUUGCAUUACAGAUAACAGUGGCAUGACUAGUAUGUUCGAAAGAAUCCGCCAUCUCUCAUUUCAUAUGAACAGAUUUAGGGAAAUUGAUUUGAUCCGGUUGUGUAGCUGCAAAUCAUUGAAGACCUGCAUAAUGCCAACGGUUGGACUUGAUGUUAUUAAACUUUUACCUCAUAUAUUGAGAUGUUAUUCAUUACGGGCGCUUGAGUUGAAAUAUAUUAUUAAAGAAGUACCAUCUUCAAUUGGUCAUUUAAAAUAUCUAAGAUACUUGAAUCUCUCUUUAGGUAACUUUGAAACUCUUCCAGAAUCCAUAUGUAUGUUGUGGAAUUUGCAUAUUUUGAAGUUAGACCGUUGUCAUAGUCUCCGAAAUUUGCCUAAUAAUUUGAUACAUUUGAAAGCUCUACAUCAUCUGUCAUUGAAUUACUGCACGAAUCUAUCAAGCUUGCCUCCUCAAAUAGGGAAAUUGACUUCCUUGAGGACUUUGAGCAUGUAUGUAGUUGGCAAGGAAAGAGGUUUCCUUUUGACAGAAUUAGGACAAUUAAAUCUUAAAGGAGAGCUUCACAUCAAGCACCUUGAAAGAGUGAAGAGUGCAGAAGAUGCUAAAGAAGCUAACAUGUUGAGUAAGCACCUGAGCCAUUUGCAGCUGUCGUGGGAGAGAACUGAAGAGUCCCAAUUGCAAGAAAAUGUCGAGAAGAUUCUUGAAGUACUUCAACCAGCUCAUACCCAAAAGCUUCAAGGAUUGUGUGUUGAAGGGUAUAUAGGUGCCCAAUUCCCACGAUGGAUGUCUAGUCCUUCUCUUAAAGAUUUAAAUUCUUUAGAGCUCGUAGGCUGCGAAAGUUGUUUACAUCUCCCACAGUUGGCAAAACUACAUUCUCUUAAGGAACUAACUGUAUCCAACAUGAGUCGUUUAAUGUAUGUAGACAACGAGUCACCUGGCAGUGGAGUUGCAGGAUGUUUCAUAGCACUAAAAAAAUUGUCACUGAAGAAGCUGCCAAACCUGAUAAGAUUAUCGAGGGAAGAUACUGAAAAUAUGUUUCCGCACCUUUCAAAACUUAAAAUAAUUGAAUGUCCUAAUUUGUUGGGCUUGAAUUGCAUUCCAUCUCUCAAUAUCAUGCGUAUAGAAGGGAAAUGCAACCAACACUUACUAAGUUCAAUUCAUAAACUCGGUAAUCUUGCAUUCCUUGUGUUAAUCAAUAUUGAAGACCUGACAUGUUUUUCUGAUGGGAUGCUAAGAAACCUCACUUCUCUUAAGGAAUUGAUCAUUUGGAGUUGCUCACAAAUAGAAGGUUUGGACGAGGCUUUACAACAUUUGACUUCCCUUCAAUCGUUAUCAUUGUGGGAUCUUCCAAACCUGGCAUCCUUGCCUGAUUCGUUAGGAAACCUUAGUUCGCUUCAGGAACUAUAUAUUUUGAAUUGUUUGAAGUUGAAGUGUCUUCCGACGAGCAUUCAAAGCUUUAUUGGUCUGAAAAGUUUGGAAAUUUGGGGUUGCAGUGAGUUAGGGAAACGCUGUGAAAAGGAAAUAGGUGAGGAUUGGCCAAAAAUAUCCCACGUUAAAAAUAUUUCCAUUAAAGAAAGUUCCUUUUUUUGAAGAGGAGGAGAAUACUCUAUUGUUGCAGCAAAGACAAAUGGUGAUAGGUAUAUAUAUUCUUAGAAAUUUCGGGUUGGGCCUAAGUUCAGAACUGGACAUUUGGAGCGUGACCCGAGUGACCUAAUAGCAGGAGUGAUGGUGCUAGUCCAAGUGUUGUUUGGAGGAAAGAAAAUAGACAUAAUUAUUUGUGUCAUUCAAGAGGUGGAAUAAUGCACAGGCAAAGCAAUGGAGUGGAUUUACAACCAAUGCUAUGAUCUGCUGGGCUUAGGAAUGACAUGGGAGGAGGAAAGAAAAGAUUAGAGAAGAGACAGCCCUAUGACUGCGAGAUGAAAGGUAAACAGUGUUUAGCCUGAAGAGAAAAAUUCAUAUACAGGACUCAAACACAGCCUUCGUAUCACUCAUAAUAUUCUCAUAAGAAAAAGUACAGAUACUAGCAUUGAGGUGGCCAAAGAAACGAGAAAGGCAGCACAGCAGCAAUGCCACGGUCACACAUGAAGAAAAAAGAGGAUGCGUGUCGUCUCCAAAGUGAGUGAAUGUGUCUCUGUAUGUUUCUCCACCCAUCCUAUCCUACCUUAAUUAUGUUACAUCAUAUGAUGAUGCUUACGAAAUAUGACUUCCCUUCAGUUGUUAAUAUUAUGCAAUCUUUUAAACAUUAGCAUAACAUCUUUCUUCUUUUCUUUUUUGUGUCAAUAUAGUACAAAAUAUUAGUGGACUUUGUUGGUUUUGGCAUCUGUUGUUCUUGGUUUUGGCAUCUUUGUAUCACAUUGUAAGUUUGUUUUAGUAUGUUAAUUUGGCUUUUUUCAGAAAUACAAUUUGACAUUAUACAUUGAUCAUGAAUUUCACGUAAUUUUGUAAUUGUUUAUAUAGUUUUUAAGGCAAUACCAAUUUACUAUUUCUUGAUACUUCUUCACAUUGGAGAUGGUUCCUAUGUUACUUAAAGAAAUUCGUGUACUUAAUUUUGUGCAUUCAGCUAAAUGUACUGUGUAUUCAGUUUUGUAUUUGUUUGUUAAGACUUAAGAAACAUGGAAAAACAAAACACUAUAUUUAAUUUAAAAUGGUAUUGUAGAGAGAAACUGUUUUAACUUUUAAGCAAGAUAGAAUCAACGAAUUGUCUCAAUGCACGCAUUGUGAUUUUAGUUUCUGAAAAGUAACUACUUUCUGGAGCUAAUUCUUCUUUAGCAUUCAAGAGGUGGUAAGUUGUUAUGAUUUUAGUUUCUAAAAGGUAACAACUUUCUAGUACUCAUGCAUUAAUUUAUUUAGGUAAUUUAUCAUGUGUCGUUGAUGGAAACAUGGUAAGGGUAAUUGCAAGGUUAAAGGUUGUUCAUGUUUAUGCUAACCCGGAAGAGUUAAAGCCAUGUUGCUGACCACGAGAAUUCUGUUGCAAGAAUAUUGCACAGGCAAAGCAAUGGAGUGGAUUUACAAUCAAUGUAAUUAGAUUAGAUGAACUACUUCUGAUUGUAGGCUGAAGCAUCUUCAAAUUUUCAAAAGCUCCAAAAGAAUGCUUCUUCCUUUUCAAAUAUUAGCGGCCUUGCUUUGCAAUGUAGUCCUAGAAAAUUCCGAUUACAUAAAAAAUUAAAUAUAAAGAUUCGUUAUAUAAAUUUGGCCAAAGAAAGAAGGUACACCUCUUCAAGUACUUCGACUAGCCACUGUUCCACCACAUCAUGAUUUGCAAGAUAAACCGGCAAUUAAAUCUAGCGGAGGACAAAAUCAAGAGAACAACCAAGGCGUAAGGAGUCCAUUGUCACAUCAACUAAUGGAAAUUCUUCAAAGAAUGAAACCUUUUGUCGAUGGUCAGAAAUCCGCUAUACAACAAUUCAUAUCCAAUCUAUGGCUCAUGCGAUAAAAGACUCUGUUGGAAAGGAAUAAGUUAUCUCCUGCUAUAAAGUUGGUCCAUGUAAUGAAAAGACUAUGGAAUCAUAGACUUUAAAAUAAGACUUGCAAUUGUAUCCUCUUCGUCUCAUUUCCUUCUCUCAGCCCUUUUUACCUUGCAAUCUCUUCGGAGGCAGCGGCGAUGCCACGGUCACAGAUGAAGAAAAAAAAGGAUGCGUGUCGUCUCCAAAGUGAGUGAAUGUGUCUCUGUGAGUGAAAUAUGACCUCCCUUCAGUUGUUAACAUUAUGCAAUCUUUUAAACAUUAGCAUAACAUCUUUCUUCUUUUCUUUUCUUUUUUGUGUCUAUAUAGUACAAAAUAUUAGUGGACUGUGUUGGUUUUGGCAUAUGUUGUAGUUGGUUUUGACAUUAUACCUUGAUCAUGAAUUUCACAUAAUAUUGU